CGCGCGCUCUCUAGCUCUCUCUCUCUCUCUCUCUCUCUCUCUCUCUCACACACACACACACACACACACACACACACACACACACACGCGCGCGCACAUUUUUACACACACACUUUUAUACACACGUCGCAUGCCAGGUCGGUGUCGGCGGGUCGAGAUAGACACGCUGCUAGUGUUGGUCAUGACGGUCGGCGGCCGCAGCAUGGAGCCGGCGGCCACUUGGCGGCCGCCGCUGGGGCAGCGCCAGCAGCAGCGAGCCGGGCUCCGCUGAUCUCGCUCGCCGAUUCGCAAGCGCGCACGCAGAGACUGACUCGUGAGAUGGCCUGGCCGACCUGCUGGGCGGUGGCCGUCGCGCUGGCCGCCGUCGUGUGGUGUCCCGUGCAGCUGCGGGCCGACCAGCUGUGUCCGACGUGCUCGCCGCCGCCCGCCAGUGAGUUGCUCAGCAGUGUCAGUGUCCAGCAGCAUCCGCACCUGCACCACAACCACCACCAGCCUCAGCUCCAGGCUCAGCCUCAGCUUCAGCACGUCUCGGACACGUUCUACCGCAUCGAGGCCAUCAAGCAGCAGAUCCUGUCCAAGCUCGGCCUGCAGGCCAAGCCCAACGUCAGCUCGUCCAUCCCGCACGAGGUGCUGUUGGAGACGAUGCGCAUCGUCGACGACACCGCCGGCAUCCAACGCAAACAGCAGCCGCAGCUCGAGCUCGACGACGACGACUUGGGACGAGCCUCUGAGAUCAUCUCCUUCGCCGAGCCCGGCCCAAGAUUCAAUGAGCAGACGUUGCUCGAGUUCUCGCACAGCCAGGAGAACGCAGGUGACCUGCGGAUAAAGUCUGCAAACCUGUGGGUGCGCAUGGAGCUGCGGCCAGGGGUGCUACGCGGCGCCCUGAGCGGCGCCGGUCCCGCGCAGUUUCACCACCAUCACCACUCGCCGAGGCAUAAAAAUUUCAGCUUCUUCGUGUUCAGGGCGAACAAUGUCGCGGCGUCCAUCAAUGCCACGUACCCUAGUAGUAAGGACCUGGAGCUGGCCAGCUCGCUGGACAUGUCGGCGGAGGCGCUGGGCUGGCUCAAGUUCGACAUCACCGAGACGGUGCAGGAGUGGUACUCUGGUGCCGCGUCGGCGCGGCACAAGCUGCACCUGCUGGUGGACUGCGCCGGCUGCAGCGAGCUGGUGCAGCAGCCGCUCAAGGGGCCGGGCGGGGGGUGGCGGGCGCAGCAGCCCAACCACCGGCCCUUCCUCGUGGUGCACACGGACCCUGACGUGCCGAAGCGCACGAAGCGGCACGCGCUCACGUGCAGUGACCAGGUGAAACAGUGCUGCAUGCAGCGCUUCUAUGUGAACUUUACCCAGAUCGGCUGGAGCGACUGGAUCAUCAGGCCGAACGGCUACGAGGCCAACUACUGCCGGGGCACGUGCGGCCUGCACCGCACUCCGGACACCUUUCUCAAUUACCACACGCACGUGAUGGCGCAAUACCGCACUCGCAACCGGCUGGCCGGUCUGCAGCCGUGUUGCUCGCCGGUCAAGUUCUCGCCGAUUUCGCUCAUCUACUUCGACAGAGACAAUAACAUUGUGAAGCAGGACCUGCCCAAGAUGACUGUCGAGGAGUGCGGGUGUCCUUAAGACGCAGGUUCCCGAGUGAUGUGCGUCCAGAGUCUGGACGGCGCGAAUCGAUUCGAAAAAUAAAAUAAGCAUUUGGUGAUACUAGAUGCGUGCGAGGCGCGUGCUAGCUGCGCACCGACCCCGACUGCGCAGUCGCUGCGGGCACGACCACUCGGCGCAGGCGCACUCCGACUCGCGCCCACUCUCCUUUCAACUUUUAAACGGGAUAAUCCCCGAUCAAUCUGUGAUGAUACGAUUAGAAUUUUGGCUCCCUGAAUACCCUACCUUUAUUUUCUCGCGCUGCUGGUUUGCGCAACGACGCGACAUUCUCGUUUGCACUGACGUGGAAAAUCAGUGCGUCCGUCUCUCUCUCUUCAAAAUUCCCGUUUGCAGUUUCGCUUUCGUUUCAGCGGUCGUCCCGUCGUUGCGCAAACCAAAAAUUAAUUCAAAUUUUGCACGAUCUGAGAGCAAACUAUUCAAGGGACAUAUCCAUUUCUACCCGAUUGGAAAUGUGUACUGCUUGUGUUCAAAAGUUGAUCAAAAGUAUUCAAACGAUAUUAAACGCAUUAUACUCACUCCCCCAUAAGGAUGACGAGAAGCCAGACAUUUGCAGCUGAUGACAAGAGCAGAUUUUAACAGCACAGUUCUUACACGCCAAAUUUUAAUAAUAACAAGCAACACAUAAAGUGGAAAAGAUGAAAAGUACAUUUCACGUUAUCAUAUCCCUUCUCUAAUCCACUAGCGAUUUAGAUUUUAGAUGUGAGUUGACAGACCGUUUAUUCGUAGUUUCCUAGAGCGCAUGACGAUAGUUUAGAAACCUACGAAACGUCACCACGGUACGAACCAAAAAAGUAAAAAUCAGCAGUUUGCAAAUGUACGCGCUUGGUGUAAAGACGCACGCGGCAACACUACGUAUAACCACGCACUAUAACAGAGUCCUUCGAUCCCACCGCAGUUCGUUUUCGUUCCCUUCUCACGAGUUGAGUUGACAGAAAAUAAUUUGUAGGGUAUUGCGAAAUUUCAUGGGGGACCAGAGCCUCGUUGUGGGGUUUUAUAUCACCUGCGAUAUGUAAGGUCUGUAUAAAAAAGAAGCAACGAGACUUGUACAGUGAGAGAAAGAGUCCAGUUGUUGUAAAAUGUUGUAAAAAUCUACCAAGCAGAGGUCAUCAUUAUUAUUGAAUUGCUAAUUGUAAAUACACACACACAGACACACUCAAACACACACCACAACCACUUGAAAUCGACAGAUGUUUCAAAGAAAAUAUGCUAAUAAUUCUCUCAUUUCUCGCUUGCGGCUGCUUUCACACCCGUUUUCCUUGCAUUUAAUUAAUACCUUCGCCACCAAGCAGUCACACACACCUACACACAUCACUCUACUUACUUAGGCUUAUGAAUGUGCAUAAUUAGAACCGAGUAAAAAGCAAGCUGUGCUCCUGGUGACAGAUGGAGCCACUGCCUCGCUUUCCACGAUCACCAGAAGCUCAAACACUGCGCGCGCGCCUCUCUGAGCAAUGCCUUAUAAUUACACACAGCAGUUCCGAACAGCACACUCGUAAUUAUCCGUAUUGACUGCAGUAAAAUCAUUCCCAGCAACCCCUUCCCAACACGUAAUAGGAUGAGCUAACGCAGCGAUCAGACUCACACUCAUUCACUCUGUAGAAGUUCAUUGUGCAACCAUGCAACAAAGUAUCCACGCAAUUUCGCUUUUAAAUUACAAAAUACUCCUAUAUCAUAAUAUUUUUACAGUAAGCGAAUGGACGCAGAAAUGGCCUUUGAAAAGGGGCGUUCCAGUCAGAGUCCUUCUGCGCCGCCGGCUUAUCGAGAGAUCGACACAAACUCUCCUUAUAUCGAGAAGCCCGUUCCAUUCCACACGUUCAUUCCUUGCAAGUCUCAUCAACGUGCAAUAAUCCUAAGCAAUCUGAAAGACAAUAGACAGAGAGAAGUUAUACGCAAAAAUUCUGUACGACUACGUUAACUGUUGCUGAAAAAAACAAACAAAAAAUAAAACGAUAUGUGACAGAUUGUUGAAGCCCCUCGAAAUUCGACUGAUACAAUAAAUAAUUACGAAGCUCCACGGCGACGGAGUCUGGGUCACUAGGAACCAGCAGUAGAGUAGCACCAAAAGUUUAAUCCUAAUCUUAGAGACCCCGGCAGUCGCCCAGACUCCGCGGGAAUUGCCAAAACCCGAUUGUACACGCGAAAUAAAAUGUGAUCUGCAAAAUUGUUGUGAUGAGAAAGUAAGAGUUGUUGUUGUUUAAUGAUGAGAGAAAUUUAACACGAGUCCCACUGCCUGGAUCAAAAGAGAGCGAAUCCAAAUCGGAGUGAAAUCAAUUGAUAUAAAUUGUAAGCGGAACAGGAGAAUCUUAUUGGUUUGUACGUAUAUCAUUUGACGCGACCAGCAUAGUAUGUCGAAGAAAUUAAAUGAAAUAAAAAAAAAAACACAAAAAAUUCCACCUUCUUGAGCCACCCAACGAAUCUGCCCACACAUGAUCUGUUAUUCGAACAAUUGUAAUUUAAGCGCCCUCAUGCAUUUAAUGAGGCAUUAGUUCUCUAGAUUAAUAAAUAUUAUAAUUACUACAAAAGCAA